GUCCCUUCGGUCCACAACCCCGCCUUCUUUCAACUCCAUACCCACAUUCUCUAAAUUCCGGCUAUUUGUUUAUUCUUCGGCGAGUUCUUUUUUUUUACUUCUUGGCUCGUGAAAAAAGGCGCUUCAACGAUUUGCUUCACCACAUUCUUUUUAGGUCCCGGGUCCUACACUACAUACAUACUUCGCCAGCGGGGAUAGCACGAAUAGAAGCCUCUAGCUUUCAAAACCCUACGCAGCCAGCUAUAAUAUCAAAGCGGAUCGUCUAUCACUGGCGCUGACUUGCUUUAUAUCCAUCUCGAAUCCCCCCACACUCUUUUGGAUUCCGUCCCAGAAACCUCCGACCACGAGCAUUCAUUAUCCACCAGGCAAGUAAGUAUUUAGCCACUGCCCUUACGCACGCACAAGUCCCACCUCGACAAUCACCACCGUAAUCCAACCAGCCAUGCGUUCUCAACUCUCCGUCCUCCUCCUGUGCGCUUCCAGCCUCGUCUCCGCAUGUCUGUACAAGCGUGAUGGCGAGCAGGCACCCUGGUCCUACGAAGGGCACAACGGGCCGGUGCUCUGGCACAACCUGACGCCGGACAACGGGUUGUGCGGCACGGGUACCAAUCAGUCGCCGAUCAACAUCGACAGCACCAUCACGACGGUGGACGGGUCUUCCUUCAACUACCCCGCUGAGGCAGACUUCAUCUUGGAGAACAACGGCCACACCGUCGACUGCAAGCCCUCCGAGGACGAGGACGCAACCGCGUUCCGCUCCACCCUCGGCGGCGCUGAGUACCAGCUCCUCGGCUUCCACUUCCAUGCCCCCAGUGAGCACAGGGUCAAUGGCCUCGGGUACCCGCUUGAGGUUCACUUCGUGCACAAACACGUCAGGACCGGUGAUCUCGGAGUUUUCGGCAUCUUCUUCGACAUCGAGGCGAGCGAAGGCGACGACUUCUUCCACCAGAUGCCAUUCCGGCAGCUGCAGGCGAAGGGCGACGUUAUGCACGCUGAGGACAUCAGUCUCCGUACCAUCAUGGCGCACGUCCGCACCUCGCGUGUGUUCAACUACUCGGGCUCCCUGACCACCCCGCCGUGCUCCGAGAAGGUCAACUGGUUCGUCGCCGAGCAGCCGCUGCUCAUCUCCGUCGACCAGUAUGACGCCCUCAAGCAUGCCGUCGGAUUCAACUCCCGCUUCACCCAGGGCAUGCCCGGAGAGAAGAACUUGUUGCAGCAGUCGGAGCAUUGCGAGGAGACCGUGUAAGGCGGCGGAAUGGCGUGUUAUGGACACGGCUGGCUAGCUGUAGGCGGUUUUUUGGGCUUGUAAUGUAUAUAUGUGCAUGAGC